ACUCUUGCUGUUCUACUGUUGUUUUUCCCUCAUUUUUUCAAGUUAAAUAUCAUUUCUUAGAUCUCUGGAUACUUUCUGUUUCUCUUUUUCUGGGCUUGUUUUGGUUGUCUUGUUUGCUCAGUUACUGUCAAGUUCUUUGGUCCGUAUGCUUGCUAGUUGGCUGGCAACUUUUUGUUAGGGUUUGAAAAAAUCGAAAUACUACGGUUUCUACUAAUGCUUAGAUCGAAACUACUUUCUCUUUCGCUACUGGCUUCUAAUGAACUAUGCUCUACUUUUUCUUCUUUACUAGACUUCUUAGCUUCUUUCUCUGAUUCAAGCUAGCCUUGGUUUCUAUAUUCGUGUGUGUCGGUGAGUGUGGACUUUGUUUUUAUUCUUUUGAAGAAGGUGAAGGCUGCUUUUCUAAUGAUGAGUAUUUUAAGUUUAUUACUGGUUUUAAUUAUGGAUGGCUUUGAUUUUUUUAAUUUAACUUUUGUUUGCUAAGAGGAAUUUAUUUGAAAUUGUGUGUUUUGGCUAUGCGCUUUAAUGCUACUAAUUGAUGUUUAUUAGUUGUAUUUUAGGCUGAUAAGCUACAUUGUGGUGUUUCAGUGUUAUUGACAUUCUCUUUUGUUAUAAUCAUGCAGCUUUAUAUAUUUAGAUUUCUGGGGUAUUGGAAUGGGAAAAUCUCCUGGGAAAUGGAUCAAGUCCCUUAUUCUUGGGAAGAAAUCGUCCAAGUCUAAGCUAUCCAGAGAAAAUGAUGUUUCGAAAUCUGCCGAUAAAGGAGAGGUUUUGAUUUCUUCUGAAGCACCUGUGACUGAUACAACUGUGGAACAUUCAACUAUUUCACAACUGGCUCCUGCUAUUGGUGCUAGAAGUGGGGCGGAUUCAGAGCAUGUAGCAGCUGCUAAUUUGCAAAAUGAAGGGUUACAAAAUGAAAUCUUUACUUUUUCAUUUGCACAAAGAGAUGAGAAUGCAGAAGAGGGCACAAAAGUUGGUUCAGAAGAAGAUCCUGAGAGAAUCAGGCAUGAAACAGCUAUUACAAAGGCACAAGCAGCUGUUCGAGGUUAUCUGGCUCGCCGUGCAUUUCGAACACUCAAGGGCAUUAUAAGGCUGCAAGCUCUUAUCCGCGGUCACCUAGUUAGAAGACAAGCAAUUGCUACCCUACAUUGUCUGCAUGCAAUUGUUAAAUUUCAGGCAUUGGUUCGUGGUCAAAAGGUUAGAUGUUCUACUGUUGGGAUUGAAGUGCAGAAAGCAUGCAACAUAGGAAAAGUUCAGGGUGCUAUAUGUUCAGAUUCUUCUGGAAUACCUGCAUCAACUCCACUGGAGAAGCUGAUGAAGAAUGUCUUUGUUCAGAAGCUUUUGGCUUCAUUACCUGGAGAAAUACCUCUUAGCGUCCACUAUAGUUCUGUGGAGCCUAACUCAUCCUGGGAGUGGCUGGAGCGCUGGACAAGGUCACACUGCCAGGAAUCCCAGUUACAGCCAAAGAUUAAUUCUGAGUAUGUUGGGGUUAAAAAAGUAGAAAGUGAACAACGCAAGCAAAAACGAAGUGUUCGUAAAGUACCCCGAGCUAAUUCUGAAAACAGCUCAGGUCGUUCAACUAAAGUGUCUGAAAGACCAAAACACAAUCCGAGAAAACUUCCAAGUCACCCAAUGGACUUGGUUCAGGAACAUCCACAAAAUGAAUUUGAGAAGGUAAAUCGCAAUGUAAGAAAAGCUUCUGAUUCCACAAAAGAUGCUCGUGAAAGACUUGUUGAUAGUGGGAAACCAAAGCGCAAUAUGAAGUCAUCCACUGCUGCUACCCCUGAAGUUUCAGAGAGUGCCAAUGGUAUGGCAGAGGUUGUGAUGAAAGAGUCUGAUGACGAUACCAGUCCAAAACAUAUUGCUGUUGCUGGUGCAUUACAAGAGCAUCAUGAUUUGGACUUGCAACCAAUGAGUAACAAUAGUAAAGUUCGUGAUGCUCAAGGGACAAUUAAGCAAUCAAACCCUAAGGACUAUCAUACUGGAAAUGAGAACCAGAAAAUCAGUGAUAGAAGAGCUUCUUUUCCUCCAAAUAUUGAGAAUCAGGAGAAUGGCAUUCAUAAUACACCCAAAGUGCCUAGCUAUAUGGCACCAACUGAAUCUGCAAGAGCUAAGCUGAGAGGACAAGGAUCACCUAGAUUUUCUCAAGAUGCAAUCGAGAAUAUUGGUACAACCAGAAGGCAUUCUCUGCCGACUUCCACUAGUGGCAAGUUUCCUUCAAUGUCGCCGCGAGUACAGAAACUGGUUCAUUCAGCUGGCAAAGGAGUGACCAGAAGUGAUGUCUCGUUGUCUUCUUCCAGAGAUGAUACUGUUUCAGAUAAGGUAAUUAAAGCUGAGUGGAGGAGGUGAUAAUGCUGGACAAACGCUUCACAGGGAUAUUUUACUGGACAAGGAAAAGAACAGAAAAAAGAAAAAAGAUUUUUCUUUUUAUGCCAUUCCAUACGUUCUAACAGUUGGACGGAAUCCUAAUUGGUGUAUGAAACAUGUUGAUAUAAUUUCUCAUGGUAAUUUUAUGUUGGGGUGUUAGGUAGUUGCAUAUCUAAAGGUCAUUAAGGGUUGCCUUUAUGCUGUAUAACUUUUUAUUUCCUCUUCUAUUUUUGGUUUUCCAUAUAAAUGACGUGAAAACUUUCCAGAUUCAA